AUGAUGCAAGCCCCCGUGCUCGUCCUCAACACCAACACGAAGCGGGAGACUGGGCGCACGGCGCAGCUCGGGAACAUCGAAGCGGCCAAGGCCGUGUCGGACAUUGUGCGCACGACGCUCGGGCCGCGCUCGAUGCUCAAGAUGCUGCUGGACCCGAUGGGCGGCAUCGUCAUGACGAACGAUGGGAACGCGAUUCUGAGGGAAGUCGAUGUGGCCCACCCAGCGGCCAAGAGCAUGAUCGAGCUCAGCCGCGCUCAGGACGAAGAAGUGGGUGACGGCACCACGUCCGUCAUCAUUCUGGCUGGCGAACUCCUGGUCGUUGCCGAGCCGUUUUUGCGCCACCAAGUGCACCCGACGGUGAUCAUUCGUGGCUUCCAUCGAGCGCUGAGUACGUUGCUCGCGAUCGCCAAGGAGAUGACACGCGGCAUUGAUCUGGAGAACAGGGAGGACAUGCGCCAGUUGGUGCAGUCGUCAAUUGGCACCAAAUUUUCUCCGCGCGUGGGCAACUUGGUGAGCGACUUGGCACUGGACGCAGUACGUACGGUCGUCUUCACGACAGCGUCGGGACAUAAGGAAGUCGAUGUCAAGCGCUAUGCAAAAGUCGAGAAGAUUCCUGGUGGAGAACUGGAAGACAGCCGCGUGCUCAAGGGCGUGAUGUUCAACAAAGACGUGACGCACUCGAAGAUGCGUCGACGCAUUGAGAACCCACGUAUUCUGCUGCUUGACUGUCCGCUUGAGUACAAGAAGGGCGAAAGUCAGACAAACGUCGAGUUGACGAACGAUCAGGACUGGAACACGCUCUUGCGUCUGGAAGAGGAGUAUAUUGAGAACCUGUGCGCGCAAGUCGUGGCAAUGAAGCCCGACGUGGUGAUCACGGAGAAGGGUGUGUCGGAUCUGGCACAGCACUACUUUGUGAAAGCGGGCAUCACCGCCUUCCGUCGUCUGCGUAAGACGGACAACAACCGUGUGGCUCGUGCGACGGGUGCAACGAUCGUGAGUCGCGCAGAUGAGAUCCAGGAGUCAGACAUUGGUACCAAGUGCGGACUCUUUGAAGUUCGCAAGCUCGGCGACGAGUACUUUGCAUUCUUUGAGGAGUGCAAAGAGCCUGGCGCAUGCAGCAUCCUGCUGCGCGGAGGCAGCAAGGAUGUGCUGAAUGAGAUCGAGCGCAAUUUGCAAGACGCCAUGCAGGUGGUGCGCAAUGUUGUGUUUGAGCCGCUGCUGCUGCCAGGAGGUGGUGCCACAGAGAUGCGUCUCGCCCAUGAGCUCAAGAAGCGCGCGGACGAGAUUGAGGGUGUCGAGCAGUUUCCGUUCCGAGCAGUGGGCGAGGCCCUAGAGGUGAUCCCGCGCACGCUGCUGCAGAACUGCGGCGCCGACGUCGUGCGCGUGAUGACGUCGCUACGUGCCAAACAGGCCGAGACGGAGGAGGCGUACGGUGUGGACGGUGUCACGGGUAAGGUGACGUCGUCUGAGGAGCUGGGUGUGUGGGAGCCGUUCCAGGUAAAGACGCAGUCGAUCAAGACAGCCGUGGAGGCAGCGUGCAUGCUGCUGCGUAUUGAUGACAUCGUGUCUGGUCUGGCUAAGAAGAAGAACUAG